UCAGGUCCUAGAACUCUGUUUUGAGUCUCAUCGUUUCUUUAAGUAGCCUUACUCUUCCUGUGUCCAGUGUUACUGAUACUAUUUUAAACAGCCAUUUGGAAAGGGUAAGAGUAUCAUCCCCACUGUGCACAAGAAGUUCAUCUUCCAAGCGCUGGGUUUCUCUUGCCUGGGGCUCAGAGCCCCUCCCCUGCUGCACGCGGGCAGCCCGGGCAAGCCUGGGGGAACAAGAGACAAGCCUCGGAGCCUGGGACUAAGCACCACUUCUGGCUCCAUGGGAGCCCCAGCGUGGAGACCUGAAAAGAUGGGGCCAUGGCUUCUGGGACGCCUUCUCCUCGUGUUGCUGCUGGGACUAUGGUGGGCAGUGCCUCCCCUUUGUGCUUUGCCUGAGGGUCUCACCAGGGCUCGAUGGUUUGAAAUUCAGCACAUACAGCCGAGGCCUCUCCCGUGUAACAAGGCGAUGAGUGUUGUCAAUAGUUACACCCGGCACUGUAAGCCUGAAAACACCUUUCUGCACACCUCCUUCCAGGAUGUGGCUGCUGCCUGUGAUUCGCCAAACAUCACAUAUAAGAACAGCCAAAACAAUUGCCACGAGGAUCCGAAGCCCGUUCACCUGACUCAGUGCAGCCUCACUGCGGGCAGGUACCCUGACUGCCGCUACCGAGAGGCUGCCGAGUACAAGUGCUACAUUGUGGCCUGUGACCCUCCUCAGAAGGGCGACCCUCCCUAUGCGUUGGUUCCUGUGCACUUAGAUAAGGUUGUUUGAGGUUUCCAUCACUUUCAUUCUCACUUGGCACAAAUUCUCUUAUGAUCUUUUCUGAUUUUUCUUUGCUUUUGUUGAUUUUCCUGGUUCCCAGAGAAGGGAAAGGGAGGGUGUUGGAAGAAUUAGAGUGACGAGGAUAUCAGACAGUUUUCUGCUUUGGAGCUCAGUGUUUUGAAGGCAGACAGAAGGGAAGAGGGCAAAGAAGGGUCCAGGCCUCUGUAUUUUCAGCCUUAGAACUUUGCUGCGUUACAGGAGAAAAGCAAUUUUAAUUACACAUGUACAUGUGGGAUCCCUACAAAUACAUGAGACUCAAAAGACACGGGUAACCCGGGGGGGCUCAGGGUCUGUGUCUGCAGCGGCAUCCCGAGACCAGGCCUGGUGCCGGGAGGGUUGCCCUGGCUUAGAGAUGCCACGUUUCCCAGGGAAAAUGAGCUAAGUAGACAACCCAAUACAUGUCUCCUACCCACAGGGUGUGGGAAAAGAAAUUGAGUAUCAGGUCAGAGGACACUGCACUUUUUAAAAUGUUAUGCUGACUAGAGGAUGUGAGGCCACUCCUACUGCUUUACUUCCUGCCUUAGUUGGUACUUUACUUAGUUCCACUGGGGAAAAGAAGUGUACAGUCGAAGAGGAUUUUAUUGAAAAAAUUCAAUACUAUGAAUAUUUUUGCUGAAGUCAUCUUUUUAAUCUGUAAAUUGUUUUUAAAGCCAUACAGUCUAGAUAGGGUCAAUAGAAACAGAAAAGUUCGCUCCCCUUUGCAGCACAUAUACUAAAAUUACAACGAUUCAGAGAAGAUUAGCAUGACCCCCUCACAAGGAUGACACACAAAUUCCUGAAGCCUUCCAUAUUUUUUGAAGUAAGUCAGACAGAGAAAGACAAACGUCAUAUGAUAUCAUUUAUAUGUGGAAUCUAAUAUAUGACCGAAAUGAACCUAUUUACAAAACAGAAAGACACUCACAGAGAUAAAAAAACAAAUUGUGGCUAUGGGGGGAAGGCAGGGAGGGAGGGAUAAAUUGAGAGUAUGGGAUUGGCUGAUGGAAAAUACUAUGCAUAAAAUAAAUUUAAAAAAACAGGUCCUACUGUAUAGCACAGGAAACUGUAUUCAAUAUCUUGUAAUAACCCUCAAUGAAAAAGAAUCUCUCUCUUUCUGUAUAUAUAUAUGGAAUAAAUGGAAUCACUAUGCUGCAAUCACUAUGCUGUACACAGGAAACUAAUACAACAUAGUAAAUCAAAAAAAUAAAAAUUAAAAAAAAGGAAUACUAAUCAAUCAGUCACUCAACACAAGCAGAAGAAGUGAUGUGCACGUUUGAGGCAAGCCUGCAGGGGUGUGGGGUGGCAGGAGCGGGGCCAAAGACCCUCAGGGGAAGGCAGAAGCGGAUGCUCGUGAGGAGGGGAAAUCCAGAGCGCCUCACACUUCGUGAUGGACUUUAGAAAAGCCUACUCUUGCCCUCUCUCAUGCACUCAUUUCAUUUUUAAUGUGAUUUAUUACUUUUCAAAAAUUAAACAAUGUAGACCAAUACAAACUAAUAUAUGGUGCUCAAAUGAAUAAAUAUUGUGUUCCACAUGCUUACUCUUAGAAAAAUACAAAAACACUGGAGUCCAUUCUAUUCCUCCCUCCACUCCCAUUCCUCUUAAUUCUUCUUAAAUGAAAUCAUAAAUUUAGAGUGUCUCCAGCCCUAUUUUGACACUUUUACUUCAUAAACAUUAUACAGUGUUUCCAUGUGCAAUUUAAAAAUAAAUUUAUCCAAAUGCCAUUGUAUGGUAGAAAUCAUUCUGCAACUUGAUUUUUUUGUUCACUCAACAGUGUUUUUAACACACAUUAGUAUUAAAAUGUGUCUUUCUUGUUCUU